ACGCUCUUAUUCAGUGCGCGCGUGUAAGUGUGCGAGAGAGGGAGAGCGCGAAUCGAGUUGCUCAUCAUCGCACACACAGAGGCUCCUCCAGUUGGUUGACGUUCAGUGUGCGUUGAGGGCGCACUUGAAGUUCAGUUGCACAGCGUGUCGUGUCGAGGGAGGAAGUGUGUAGGGAACCCACCUGGCUUGCGAUACGGUACACACAACCGGGUCUCGUGUCAACGCCGACUACUACUACUCCGGCGGCGGCUCACAAUAGUGAGAAGUACCUGUUCGCGACAACCACAACAAGAUCAAGCGGGGUUCACCGUUGACAGCCGCGCGGAGCCGUCUCCAGUCUGCAGGUCGCGCUUCGCGAAUCCGGAACACGUUCGUUCCGCGCCGUGACGGAAAGGCACUAGCAAACCAAUACAAAACAAGCCUAAUCUCGGGAGUGUGUGCGGUUCGCGGAGAAAAACAAACGACACGGGGAAAACAAAAGCAAGAUAAACAACUAGUGACAGUUUGUGGACAGUGUCAAAAGUGCAGAAAGUGAGCGGGUUUUUUUUGGAAAAGGAAGAAGAGAUACCGGAAGCAGAUGCAGCAGUGAUAACCGGUGAAGAAUUGGUUCCCUCGUGUAAGGCAGCAGUUUGAACAGACCCUCGGAACCAUCUGCAGAGUGUGCAAGCGCUACCAAGUGAUAUCAAGUGUCAAAAGAUUUCCGUGUCGCAAGAAGAGGAUUUUCCAGAAAGGUGACAAGUGCUCCGAUCCCGAUCCCCGGAUCCAGCAGCCGAUCCGCGUUGAGUUAUUGAAAUUCCGUCCUUUGUUUUGAACGAGCACCACCACCACCAUCAACCUGAACCGCGGAAGGAGGCGAGAAAAUGGAUUUCCAACGAAAGCUUAAAUGAUCUCAAACCAAAAAGAUAAAAAAACUAGAAGAAAACUACUACCUCUUAGCACUCGCACUGCUACUACUAAAAGUUACAAGCGUAAGGAGUCAACUAACAAACAAGAACAAGAACUCAAGCCCCCCCUCCUUCCGUCUCGAUGUAUUGAAUGACUACGGCAAGUGUCGCGAGCCAGCAGCAGCAGCACAGUCAGAACCUGAGACGACUUCCGGCGUCGUCCUUCACCGCCGCCAGGAUGAAUGAAACGCAGCAGAUGCACCCGUCGGAGCACACGAGCCCGCCCCCCGGCAGCAUACACAACAACAACAAUAACAACAACAGCAAGAACCGGGCCAACACGAACAGCAGCAACGAUGCCAAACUGGACCACCACCUGGCGCUACUGGCGCGGGAACACCGCGAGCGGGAACGGGAAAACAGCAGCCACCACAGCAGCAGCAGUCACCAGCUUCACCAGCAACUUCGCGAUCAGCUGCGAGAUCGAGACCAGUCCAGCAGCAGUAGUCAGCAGCAGCAGCAGCAACAGCAACACAUGCAGCAGCAGCACCGGACGACGAUGUCAUCGCCGACGCCGUCCGAGCAGCAGCAGUACGCCCUCAAGUGGAACGACUUCCAGUCGUCGAUACUGUCCUCGUUUCGGCAUCUGCGCGACGAGGAGGACUUUGUCGAUGUGACGAUCGCGUGCGAGGCGCGGUCGUUCACGGCGCAUAAGGUCGUGCUGAGUGCGUGUAGUCCCUACUUCCGCAAGCUGCUGAAGGCGAAUCCCUGCGAGCAUCCGAUUGUCAUCCUGCGUGACGUACGCUCCGAGGACAUCGAAAGUCUGCUAAGAUUUAUGUACAACGGCGAAGUGCACAUCGGACAGGAUCAAUUAAGCGAUUUCCUCAAAACGGCACAAUUGCUCCAAGUGCGGGGGCUGGCAGAUGUGCCGAAACCGGGCAGCGGCAAUGGCAGCGGCCACCAUCACCAAAAGGAACCAUCGUCCUCGGCCUCUUCGGCAGCAGCGGCAGCGGCGGCGGCGGCGGCGCUAAAUUCCUCCUCGUUAUCGACACCUGCUGUUCAGGAGCUAAAAGCAUCACCCACUUCAACCUCGUUACCAUGGGAGCUGCCGGAUGAUUCGACGCCGGCGCCCCCACCCCAGAAGCGUACCAAGAGCUCGGAACUGUACCGCAAGCAGCACGGCCUCAGCCCGGACGAUCCGAUCCCGCUGGAUCUGCUGCCGGUGCCCGGCCAGCACCCGUUGACGCGCGAGCGCGACCGCUCCAAGGACAAGAGCAAGCUCAGCGGCGGCGGUAGCGUCCUGGACUUUGAGCACCGGGACCGCGAUCGCAGCCUGGAGCUGCGCGAAUCGCUGCUCGGGCAGGCGCUCGAAGGUGGACCCACCCUAUCCGUGCCAUCGAAACAUCCCGAUCUGUCGUCGCUGCAGGCCAUGGCCAGCGGGGAGGACUCCAACAGCAGCGAUACCGCGGCCUCCGACCACGGGGACGACAUCGAGGGCAUGAACGGAAACGUCGAGCACACGCGGCCCUCGUUCCCCUUCCUCGGACUGCAGGGCAUUCCCGGCCUGAUACCGGGGCCCUCCGGCAUGCACGGGGACAACUUUGCAGUCUCUCGCCGUUCUUUAGAAAUGCGAGUACGAGCCACCGACCCGCGGCCCUGCCCCAAGUGCGGCAAGAUCUACCGCUCGGCCCACACCCUGCGCACCCACCUGGAGGACAAGCACACCGUCUGCCCGGGCUACCGGUGCGUCCUGUGCGGAACCGUGGCCAAGUCGCGCAACUCGCUGCACUCGCACAUGUCCCGCCAACACCGCGGUAUCUCCACCAAGGACCUGCCCGUACUGCCGAUGCCCAGCCCGUUCGAUCCGGAGCUGGCCUCCCGGCUGCUGGCCAAAGCCGGCGUGAAGAUUUCCCCCGCGGAGCUGCGAGCGCGCGCAUCGCCCACCGGAACGCGCCGCAACGACGGCAUGAAGCUGGAGCUGCGAUCGGGCGCCGACCAGGACGAGUUCGACGACCCCGAGGACCUGACGAUGUCGCAGCAGAGCGGCCACAGCGAGAGCCAGCGGCGGUUCCACGAGAGCAUGAUGGGCAUGUCGCCGUCGAUUCCCUUCGGAGACGUUUCACCGUUCAACCACCCUAGCACGACGAUCACCAGGGUGGGACAGGAAGGCAACGGUAACAAGCAGGACCAGUCUGGCGGGCGCGGCCAUGGCAACGGAUCGGGAAUGGGUCAUGGUGGCCCGGGAGGGAACGGCAACAACGGUGGAGGCAGCAGUAGCGGUGUGAACCACAUGCAACCCAACACCCCCACCGGAUCGGCCAUUCUGGAUACGUAUCUGCAGUUUAUCACGGAGAAUGCAUUCGGAAUGGGCAGCAUGACGCAGGAACAGGCCGCGGCCGCAAUCCAGGCGGCCAAGUACGCCCAACUCAAGGCGAUGGGCCACAACCUGGACCAGCUACCGCCAGGAUUCCUCCCGCCCCAGCUGGACAUUGCCAAGCUGACCGGUGGCAGUCCGGGAGCCGAUCUCGGAUCCGCCCUCGGCAAGCUCCAGUCCCAGAACCCGAACGUGACCAUCGAACCCGCAUCGAACCGUGGCGACGACCCGCGACACCUCCAGAUGAGCGCCCAGCAGAAGCUCCUCUCGCUGGCCGCCGGCAACGGAAACCACAACCUGAACAACAACUCGAUUCUCAACAGCGAUUCGAUUCGGCGUGGCGACUCGUCCGAACCGAUGGAUUUGGGACUGGACGGACCGCAGCACCAGCAUGGAAACGACGACGGGCACAGCUCCGGCGACGAGCGGAACUACUCCGACGACGAGGGCGUUGGCACGAAUUGACGCUAGGAAAUUUACUCUGGACAAGCCAAGUUUUAAGGACUAAGUUAAAGAUGAUUACCUCCGACCGAGCGUCCGCCGCGGCGCGACCAAAAUGAGUAAAUUCGUUGUGCCAUCCUUAAUUAAGUGAGUAUGAUAAUUGUUCUCGACAUAUUAGUACUGUAUAAAUCCAUCCACGUGAACAAAGAGACAACAAUCGUCCUCAUGUACGCAGAGAACACAAACUCGUGAAUGUUAAUACCUCAGGUUAUUAGUUAUUUUGUUCAUUUUAGUUCCGACGAUAGGAAAGAAAACCUUAGUGUGUAAGCGAAGAAAACAAGUCUACCACGCGGGCACAAAUAUGUUACGUGCGACCGCGUAGACAAAAAACUGCAAUCCGUAAUUGAAAUACCUCAUAUUGAAGAAAUAACGUUUAAUUUAAAGCUUCCCCCUUUUUGAAAAGCCGGGAAGCAGGUUUUCUCCUGUUGUACUACUUACUUAGUGAUGAUAAGAGCAUGUAUUUACAAACAAGCAACAAACCAGUUGAGACACACAAUCCGUCAGUCUACCUCAAACACGAUAGUUAGUGAAAGUUACGAUUUUUAACAAAGCAUCUACUUAUACACACACUGACAUCCAUACGCCAGUUGAUACAAACAAAAAACGAACGUGAAUCUCCCAACUAUCACAAAACGAAAGAAAAAGAGAGAGGAAUAAACGUAUACUAAAACACAGAUACGAAAACAUACACACGAAAACACGCAGAACCUCUGUAUACGCGAAUGCGCUAUCCCGCUAUACCUAACCCCUUUUUAUCCUUAGAGUUUAACCGAAGCACAACUUUGGCAAUUUUUACUGCACAAAAUACGAAAUAAACAACAACAAAAAACUUUUAUCAGAACCGCUAUACGAAAGCAAUUGAAUUCACCCUACAAAUGUAUACUGAAUCUUUUUCCGUUUUAUUUUCACCUUAAAAAGUUCGAAAAUGGUUUAAAACUAACCCCAACCUAUACGAUUCAAACAACCUAUAUCAGAGCAAAAUUUGCCAGUAUACGUCACACAACAUACGAAAAUGCAAACAAACUUGUAUACCAUCGAUUCACCAACUCUCGGCACAGUCGCGGACGGGACGCAAGUCCACUUGUCUGUGUCACACACGCCGAGUGCGAGAGACAAGUUUAUACGAUUUAUCAAACGAAACGCAAGUAAUACGAACUAAAACAACCGAUACGAUAUCAAAUCAAGUAUACUAAAAAACAAAAACACACAGAAGAGAAUGCGUUGCGAUUCCACUAUCGAAUCUCAUAAGUUAAAAUCACAAGCGAUAAAAAUACUCACUCGUAAACAAUCACAACUACCUCUUGACGUUUUUGUUUUUAAAGCAUCGCUCGAGCAAAAAUGCAGCGAAAAGUUUGCUCAAAUUUGGCGCAUGUCUUUCUUUUCUCCUUCAAAUUACAAUUUACUUACAACUUCGGUGUUUUUUCACAGUUUAGAAUCGGAAAAAAACUUACCUGUAUUUGCAACCGCCUACUUCAAUCUAUUUUUUCGUUCUCUCGCUGAGUGACAGCACCGCACGCCAGCAUCUGUCAUUCAAACUGACGUCGAUGCGUUACGUAACGCUUUGCAAGGGGCGCGACACUGCAAGUUUUUUCGGACAUGCCUUAAAUUUUAGUGAACUUUUUUGCAAUUUUUCUUCGGAAUCCUCAACACAAAAAAGCACACACGAAAGUUACGCACACCUACUCACUACGCAGUGAAACAAUAGAUUUAUAUUUAUUAACUGAAACAACCUCAGGAUUUGUUACUAUGCAAUUAUCGUCACGUUCGUGACGUUCAAGCGAUCUGAAAUACUCCGAGUCCAGUUUUCAAACAUUACAACUAGUGCAACACAAAACGGGUAUAAUAUUAUGUUUUUUACACAGCUGUUUAAAAUAGUUUUUUUGUUUACUCAGGUAUGUUUUAGUUAUAGUUGAUACACACACAAGCACACAAAAGCAUCCAACCUAGGAGAAGGUGAAACAUUUUAAAUGUUUACCAAUUUUCCUAACAAAACCAACAAACCUCUAGAAACUCUGUGUACAAAUUUUUCCGAGCAAAGUAUUUAAGGAAGAGAACAAGCAAUAGCGCAAAAGUAUUGAAUCUCAUCUUUUCGAAUCUCUCCGAUCCCUUCCGGCAUCCAAACAAAAAUUAACGCUCUCAAAGUUUGUACUUAAAACGCGAUUUAGACAAAAAACAAAAAAAUCAAUCACUUCCUGUAUAGCUUGCUUCCAACUUGCGUGGAAUAAGAAAAUGCUUCCCAAUCAAAACAAAAAUAUUUCCAUGAAAGUUUUACUGAAAAUACACACACAAAAGAAACCUGUAAAUAGAUGAAGCACAUUAUCAAGUAGGAAAAAGUAGCGAUUUUAGAGUUUAAAAACAUGGUUAAGUAAGCGUUUACGGUUAAGCUGAUACUUAUAAAGAAAAGAGAAUGAUUUAAGAAAUGUAAAAUUCUUGUAAUAACAUACACAAACAAACAAACACAAAAAAACCCUAGCGUUACUUACUCGAUUGGUGUAUUUUCGACGGAAGCAAACAAAAAAGUGGUUUUCAAACUAUGCAAGAACGCAGAAUAGCUAAAUUAAAAGAUAUAUAAAAACUUGAUACAAAGCGAUAAGGAUUAGGCAAAGCGCAGCAGAAAAAUGCACUUUUUAUUAUGUUUUCAUUAAACGCGUUAUUUAAACACAAGCUUUUGGUUGAAGUGUUUUCUUCUUUUUCCACUGUGAAUGGUUCAAAUCAAAAUUACAAAUUUAGUUAACAAAAGAGAGAGAGAGUGCGUUUUAGAAAUUCAAUGAAUUUUUCAACUCACGCCAGUUAUGUUAUUAUAUGUUGUACUUACAAAAAAAUAAAACAAAAAAUCUCGUCUUUAAGAUCAGUUCUCCCCUCCCUUCCACCGUUGGACGCAAUUUAUUUAUGUUUGAAACAAAAUUUUUAGAUUCGCUUCGUUUCGAUCACAAAAUGCUAGAGGGUAGAGUUAAGUGCUUAGAAAAAAAAGAAAAACUAAGCGCGGAAAAGAGAGUUGUUAAAUAUUAAUUGCUGCGACUAUUGUGGGAAAAAGCAAACAAAAAUAUUUUAUUUAAUGUGUGAUAGACUUACUCUAAAACAUGCGUAAAACAAAUGCUGAUUGCUGAAGAGAUAAAGAAAAAAACUACAAAAACAAAAGUUAGAUUAUUGAACAGCGCGAAGAGCCGUAGAUUAAAAAUAUAUUUAGUAAGUAGUAGCUAACGAAAUGGAAAUCUAAAAAAGCGCAAAAAUAAGAAUCUAUAUUUAAAUAAAAUGUUCGUUCAAUAAGUAAAGCUACCACUUCUCGUAAAUUGUAAGAUAUAUUUUCAUUUUUUAAGUUUUUUUUUAUAAUUAUAGUUCAACCGUAAUCAGGAAUUAUAUAUAAUUUUUUCAGAGAAAAAAUAUAUUUAAAAAUUAUAAUUUGUUUAUUUUUUAUUUUUAUUUAAGUUUAUUUCCGAAACAUUCCCUGUCUUUCCACCACUUUCAUUCUUUGCCUUUUGUUACUUAUUCUUUCACGGAAACCAACCCAACUUUGUUCACUAUUUCGGGGUGUGCCUUUUUUGAAGUCAAGUCAAGAUUUGUAAGGCAGAGCAAAACUAAUACGCGAGAAAUGCAAAUGAUGAAAAACGCAAGGAAAUAGAGACAGUAGAAUGGGAUACAUCGCAGCUUGAUUCAUAAAUACAAUACAAGUUCCUAAACAAAGUAGAAAAAAAGAAAAAAAACUUUUUUACAAGCAGAAAAAAAAAUCUAAUCAGCUAACCUUCCUUUUAGAGCGCAAACCGUAGAGAAAGUAGACAUUUUCAGCAUAAAAAUAUCGCAUUUUUAUCAACAUUGAAACAAAAUUAUCAGCAAAAAAACAAGAAAGAAAUGAAGAGAAAAACAAACUCGUUCAAGACAAUAAUGAUGAUCAUUUCUUGUAAACAAAAAAAAAAGCGCGACUCUCCCUCCCCCUUUUCCAGUGUUUGGUGUCGUCUGGAAAGUGUCACUUUUUAACCGAAACCCCUAACCUGGUAAAAACGCAUGAAAGAAGAGUAAAAUAAUGACCUGUGUAGAUUCAACCUAACCUCUUUAAAAAAAAUAAAGGAGGCAAACCAUUAGAUGAGAAAACGCAUUAUUUUGAUCACAAACAGAAAAAAAAACAUUGCAAAGAUAUCACAAAACAAAAACAAAACACAAACAAACAUUAGUGCAAUACCGCGUUGACAGUGAGACAAAAACUAGAGAAAAUAUUGAAGAUGAUAAAAAGAUAAAGAAAUUAACCGAGUCUGAUUCGGACAAACAAAAGUGUAGUUGUACAACAAAGAAAAAACCUAAC